AUGCCACCAGACCUGCCGCCGCCGCUCCGCCCGUCCCGCAACGUCCUCGACCCACCCGCUUCCGCAUCCCCGCCCGACGGGCUCCCGCUAUCAGUGUACCCGUCACACGGGCCUUACCAAAGCUACGAUGCAAACCCCAUCGGAAUUGCUGCCCUCUCUCUCCCUGCGCCGAUCCCUUCGUCUGCCUACCCACACUACCACGUCUCCAGUGGUUAUACGCCGGGUUCCUCGCACGACCCUUUCAUGAUGCCUGGCCUGCCUGCAUCGCAGCAGCAGCAGUACCGCCCUCGCAAGCGCAGCUACCAUGACGAUGACGUCGUGCGUGCCGACGAUGCGAGCUCCGCGAAGCGCUCUCGUAGCUCGAGAACCUAUUCGGACAGCAGUCGAGAGUUUGACAAAGGCACGGGCGAUAGGCUUGCGUCCAUAUACGGUCGGCGUGCGUGUUGGGUCUGUGGGGUGGACGCGAGGCCGCCUGAGAAAGCACACGUGUUUCCAAAGAAGGAUCCAAAUUUUGCGAGCGUUCGCGACCUCGGCCUCCUAAACCUCACUUCCCACGGGGAUUUCGAAAACGUCCUUCCACUCUGCGCCAACUGCCACGGCUACUUCGACGACGUAUACAUGCCGCGGCUUGUUAUUGUCCCCGUAUACGUCGAAUACUUCUUCCAGGUCGAGCGGCGUUGGCAGGACGACUUCCGGACUAAAGGGCCAAGGGCACGCAUAUCCCCGACCCGUGAAUCGUACUUCGAAUAUUGUGCGCGUCAGGACCAUCGACCAGGCCGGAUUCCGAACAUGACAAGAGGUGGGCUGUACACGUGGUAUGCUGAUGGCGGAAGCUUUCCGUUCAGUCAAGAGCCGGCGCAUGCUUAUCUUCAGCAUUGGCAUGGUGAUCCAAUGGCCAUGGUUUACCGCGCAAUCCAGGGCGUUGAACGCAUUGCAAUGCCCCAAAGGUUGCCUAACCAUCUGAAGCGAGACUUGAUGGGGCUCCAUAUACUUUACGAGACGGGCAACAACCUGCAGAAGACGCUUUUUCAACUCGGCACCUGGCCCUCGUUGAGACCCGGCCCCAUUUCCGGCUUCCAGCCUGGCCGGGGGUCUGGUUCCGGUGAUGGCUUCGAUCCUGGCCCUCACUCCGGCAAUCCCAACGACUCCGGCAAUCCCAACGACUCCGGCAAUCCGCCAUCGCAACCGCGUGGUGGCUAUCCAGCGACAUCUACGCAACGACCUGGGCCGAAUGCUUUUCACCAGUCCACAGCUAGCUUUGGCGAGGAUGACCGCUCUUGCGUGUCCCCUCCAUAUCGCCCGCCUACUCCUGCUCUCACACCCCCAUCUGGGAAUGCGAAGCGACGCCGGGAGCAUGACGAGGACCCUGCGGAAAGGUCCAUUGGCGGGCAAGAGCCGGCUUUGAAGCGCAUGCGUCUAGGUUCCUGGUGCAAUCGUCUCACACCUGAUGCAUUGCAAUCACUUGCAAGGACACAUUCCCACAUCGACAUGCUAUCACGCUACCUCGACGAAGCAGCUUCCGCCUACCAAGACAACGAUCCAGCCACUAUACCGAAGAACGCCGCAUCAGCAAGGGAAGAGCACGACAUGGGAACACCUCCUCCCUUCCUACACCCACCCUCUAAAGCCGAUCGACCAUCCUCUCCUAUAGAUUGGCCUACAAGCCUCGUGUCGAAUGCAGCAUCGAGCCGAGCAUCGAGCCGAGCAUCGAGCUGUAAACCGCCUGCCCGAGCCGGGCAGAAUUGGUGGGGUACGUUGUGGCAAUGGGCAGGUCUGACGGCGCAAGAGGCAAUGAAGCAGCAUCAAAUAUUGUAUUUGGAGACGAAGUCCCCUGUGCCUCUUGCGAAUAGGGCACCAGAUGGGUGGCAGUCAUGCGCAGGUGGUGGUGGUGAUGAGAGUGGAGGCUCACAUGCCACAGCUGCUCGCUAG